GCCAUUUUGAAGCAGGCAUUUUGAUCAGCUGUUUACUUACGCUGUAUCUCAAUGAAGAGUGUCUGAAAUGGAUCCUCCUCUUACAUCAACAGAGGGAGACUCCUCAUCUGGACACAGUGUAACCCAGGUAAAGAUGUCAGACUCCCCAGUGGUCAGCUGUUCCUCCAGUGAUGAUCCGGGGGCGAAUCCUCUUGCAUUCGAAGAUGGAGAGUCCUCUUUUAAAGACAGUCUAACCCAGGUAAGGAGACCAGACUCACCAGUAGCCAGCUGUAUCUCCAAGAAUAGUGAUGUGUCUAUGGAGCUUCCUCUUACAUUCAAAGAUGGAGACCCCUCACCUGGACACAGUGUAUCCCAGGUAAAGAGACCAGAUUCACUAUUACCCAGCUGUGUCUCCGUGAAGAGUGAUGUGUCUAUGGAGCUUCCUCUUACAUUCACAGAUGGAGACACCUCAUUUUGUGACAGAAACAGAAAGACUCAGAAGAAUCGCAUCACAGAUCCAUGCUGUGAACCUUCAUCUGAUGGAACUGAUCUUCGGGAGGGAUGCAAAUUAAAUCUGCUGAUGAAGUUUCAGCACGUGUAUGAGGUGAUAACAAACCAGGAAAAACCAUCACUUCUCAAAGAGAUCUACACAGAGCUCUACAUCACAAAAGGAGACAGUGGAAAUGUCAAUAAUGAACAUGAGGUGAGACAAAUAGAGGCAGCAUCCAGGAGAGCAGCAACAGAGGAAACACCGAUCAAAUGCAGUGACAUCUUUAAGCCCUUAUCCGAAGAAAACAAACCCAUCAGGAGCGUUCUGACAAAGGGAGUCGCCGGCAUUGGAAAAACAGUCUCUGUGCAGAAAUUUAUUCUAGACUGGGCUGAAGGGAAAACAAAUCAGGAUGUUCAUCUCAUAUUUCCACUUCCUUUCAGAGAGCUCAAUCUAAUGAAGGAUCAAACACCAAGUCUGAUAAAGCUUAUUAAUUUCUCUUUUAAGGAGAUAAAAGAAACAAACAUUUCCAGCCCGCACAAAGUUCUGUUUAUUUUUGAUGGUUUGGAUGAGUGUCGUUUCCCUCUGGACUUCCAGAACACUGUGAGAUUGUGUGAUGUAACUGAAUCAGCAUCAGUGAGCGUGCUGCUGAUAAACCUGAUCAAAGGGAAUCUGCUUCCUUCUGCUCUCAUCUGGAUCACCUCCAGACCUGCAGCAGCUGAUCAAAUCCCCUCUGAGUGGAUUGAUCGAGUCACAGAUGUACGAGGGUUCGGUGACCGACAGAAGGAGGAAUAUUUCAGGAAGAGGAUUAGCGAUCAGAGCCUGAGCAACAGAAUCGUCACACACCUGAAGUCAUUAAGAAGCCUCUACAUCAUGUGCCACAUCCCAGUCUUCUGCUGGAUUUCAGCCACUGUUCUAGAGAGACUGUUUUGUGAAGCAGGGAGUGGAGAGAUCCCCAAGACUCUGACUCAAAUGUACACACACUUCCUCAUCAUUCAGACAAACAUCAUCAAUAAAAAGUACACAGAGAGCAGAGAGACAGAUAAAAUAAUGGUUUUGAAACUGGGUAACCUGGCUUUUAAGCAGCUAAUGAAAGGCAACCUGAUCUUCUAUGAGGAAGACCUGAUGGAGUGUGGCAUCAAUGUGACAGAAGCAUCAGUGUAUUCAGGUGUGUGUACACAGAUUUUCAGAGAGGAGUUUGGGCUUCACCAGAGUCAAGUGUACUGCUUUGUUCAUCUGAGCAUUCAGGAGCACCUCGCAGCUCUGUAUGUGCACCUGACAUUCAUGAAUGAAAAGAGAAAUGUUCUUCAGUGUUCAUCAGCGUUCUUUAGUCAACAGAGUCUUUUGUCUAUGAUUUGGGCACUGUUUAAAGGAAUCACAAUCUCAGAUGUUCACAAGAGUGCUGUAGAUCAGGCUUUACAUAGUGAAAAUGGACUUCUAGACCUUUUCCUUCGUUUUCUUCUGGGUCUCUCCAUGGAUUCCAAUCAGAUCAUCUUACAAACCUUAUGGAGACCGCACAGAAGUAGCUCUCACAGGAACCAGGAAACAGUUCAUUACAUCAAGGUGAAGAUCAGAGAAAAUCCCUCAACAGAGAAAUCCAUCAAUCUGUUCCACUGUCUUAAUGAACUGGAAGAUCAUUCUCUAGUUGAGGAAAUCCAACGCUACCUGCAGUCUGAAAAUUUUCAGCAAACUGAACUUUCUCCUUCUCAGUGGUCAGCUGUGGUGUUUGUAUUACUAGCAUCAGUGCAGGAACAGGACGUGUUUGUUCUGAAAAAAUACAUUAACAAACACCAUAAAUCAGAUGAUGUUCUUCUGAAGCUCCUGCCUGUUGUUGCAGCAUCCAGAAAAGCAAAGUUUAAUAAUUGUGACCUUACUGAGAAAAGUUAUGCAGCUUUGGCAUCAGUGCUCAACUCUGCAUACUCCAAUCUGAGAGAACUGGAUCUGUCUGAGAAUAGCCUCAAAGUCACAGGAGUGAAGAGUCUCUCCACUGUACUGGAGAAAUCUUACUGUAAACUGAAGACACUGAGGUUGUGUAAUUGUGAAAUCUCAGAUGAAGGCUGUGCUGCUCUGACUUCAGCUCUGAGCUCAAACCCCUCACACCUGAGAAAACUAGAUCUGUCCUGGAAUAAUAUCAAAAACUCAGGAGUGAAGAGUCUCUCCGCUGUAUUGGAGAAUCCUCUUUGUAAACUGGAGACACUGAGAUUGCAAUGUUGUGAUGUCUCAGAUGAAGGCUGUGCUGCUCUGACUUCAGCUCUGAGAUCAAACCCUUCACACCUGAGAGAACUAGAUCUGUCAAAGAAUGACCUCAGAGACUCAGGAGGGAAAUGUCUUUCCGCUAUACUUGAGAAUCCUCAUUGUAAUCUGGAGACACUGAAUUUGUUUAAUUGUGAAAUCUUAGAUGAAGGCUGUGCUGCUCUGACUACAGCUCUGAGAUCAAACCCCUCACACCUGAGAGAACUAGAUCUGUCCUGGAAUAUCUGUACAUACUCCACAGUGAAGAGUUUCUCUGCUGUUCUGGAGAAUCCUCAAUGUAAAAUGGAGUCACUGAGCAUGCGUGGUUGUGGUGUCUCAGAUGAAGGCUGUGCUGCUCUGAUGUCAGCUCUGAGCUCAAACCCCUCACACCUGAGAGAACUGGAUCUGACCUGGAAUAAAAUCAGAGGCCUAGGAGUGAAGAGUAUCUCUGCUGUACUUGAGAAUCCUCAUUGUAAUCUGGAGACACUGAGGUUGUGUGAUUGUGGUGUCUCUGAUGAAGACUGUGCUGCUCUGACAUCAGCUCUGAGCUCAAACCCCUCACACCUGAGAGAACUGGAUCUAUCCUGGAAUAAAUUCGGCGACUCAGGAGUGAAGCAGCUCUCUGUUUUACUGAAGAAUCCUCACUGUAAACUGGAGACACUGAGGUUGUGGUAUUGUGAUAUCAAGGGUGACGGCUGUGCUGCUCUGGCUUCAGCUCUGAGAUCAAACCCCUCACACCUGAGAAAACUUGAUUUGACUAAGAAUAACAUCGGAGACUCAGGAGUGAAGAGUCUCUCUGCUGUACUGGAGAAUCCUCAUUGUAACCUGGAGACACUUAAGUUGUGCGAGUGUGAUAUCUCAGAUGAAAGCUGUGCUGUUCUGACUUCAGCUCUAAAAUCAAAUCCCUCUCACCUGAGAGAACUGGAUCUAUCUUGGAGUAAAAUCAAAGACUCAGGAGCAAAGAUUCUUUGUGCUGUACUGGAGAAUCCUCACAGUAAACUAGAGAAACUGAGGUUGUGGUAUUGCGAUAUCUCAGAGGAAGGCUCUGCUGCUCUGAAAUUAAACCCGUUAUACCAGAGAAAAUUGGAUCUGCCUUGCAAACUUGCAGAUCUGUAGACUUGCAAAUGCUAAAUAACUAAAUAAAUAAUAAAAGAAUUUAAAAGAAUCUAAACAUCAUGGCAAAACUUAAUUUAGUUUUUAAAGCCUACUCUACAGUCUAUGACUUCCACCAUCCUACCAUUCUCAUCAACUAAAACUCUAAAAUAAGCUGCGAUUUAUUCAACAUGCUUGCUACUCAGCAUUAUCUUUACUGUUUUGUUUUGUGUUUGUAACAUUCUGAAGAUAAUCAAUUGCUGCAACUGACUUUUGUUAUAAAUAUUUAUCAGCUUUAGUGGUAAAUAUGAGAAUGGAGAGUUAACUGGAGUUGUCAAAUCUAAAAUUUGAAAACGUUUAUCUGGUUUUCUGAGUCUGGGUUUACAGGAGUAGAACCUGGUUUGUUACUCAUCCGAAAUUUUGAUCAUACAGAUAGGAUUUUCUGCUCACCAUAGUUAAAAAUAAUUAGUUGAGUUACUUUAUUCAAUAUAUUCUUUUGAUCUAUUUAAUCAACAAGGCAUUUCCGCCCAGUGUUUUCUUUUUCUGUUUUAGCCUUUGCAUCAUUUUAUUCAUUAACUGAAGCGCUUGACCAGUAUCUGCAUGAUGUUAUGUACUCAGGUUCUGCCACAUGAUUGGCUGAUUAUAAGCAGCUAUUCCUAAUAAAAAAGGCAGUGGUAGCUCAAUUGGUUAAUGCUCUGUGUUUUUGAAUGGAAGGUCAGGCCCAGCACUGCCACUUGUUCUGCCUUUGAGUAAGACACUUAACCCUCCAUGCUACAGGGGGCUAUAUUAUAGCUAACUAAAAGCUGGUAAAUGUGGAAAAAAAAGAUUUUUACCUUUUCUGUAAUAUAGAUGUGCCAAAAAUAAAGACUUUUUGUAAACUGUA